UUCCGCCGCCGCCAUCGGCCCCGCCCGGCCAUGCAGCGGGGGGUGACCCCCGAGGUGACAUUCGAGGAGGUGGCCGUGCGUUUCUCCCCCGAGGAGUGGGCGCAGCUGGCGCCCUGGCAGCGGGCGCUGCACCGAGAGGUCAUGGGCGACAACUACGAGCUGGUGGCCAGCCUGGACCCCAACUCCAAGUUCCCCCUCAUGAAGGAGGAGUCACACGGGGGGGUUCCCUGCGAUGGGGGGCUCAGCGGAGAUAGCGACAGCACCGACACCACCGACAGCUCAGGUGCCUGGAGCGGUUCUGACAGCAAGGAUGACGCCGGGGGACGCUGGGAGUCGGGGUCCGGUGUCGCCCGCUCCGGCUGCCGUGACACCGAGCGGGGGGGCCGUGCCCGGGCCCUGCCCCGGCCGGUGCCGGCGCCGUCGGGGCUCCGCAGGCGCGGCAGCCGCGGGCCGAGCGGCGGGGCCGAGGCGCCCCCGGGCCGGCCGUACCUGUGCGUCACCUGCGGCAAAUCCUUCCGGCACCGCCGCAGCCUCCUGGCGCACAAGAAGCUGCGCCGGGGGAACCGGGCCCGGCACGGCUGCGGCGAGUGCGGCCGCAGCUUCUGCCUGCGCGGGGACCUGCUGCGGCACCGCGAGUCGCACCGGGCGCGGCCCCCGCGCUGCCCGGGCGCGGCGGGGCCGGGCGAGGAGCGGCCCUUCGUGUGCGAGCGCUGCGGGAACAGCUUCAGCUGGAGGGAGAGCCUGGAGCUGCACCUGCGGGAGCACCGCGCCCAGCCGUGCCCCGAGUGCGGCCGCGUGUUCGUGCACCGCGGGCGCCUCUUGCUGCACCGCCGGGUGCACUCGGGCCAGCGGCCCUUCCGCUGCGCCCGCUGCGGCCGCGCCUUCGCCUCGCCGGCCAACCUCAGCUCCCACCGCCGCUCCCGCCGGCUCUGCCGGCCCCGCAGCCUCGGGCCCCGCGGGGACGGCGACAGGGACCCCCGCGGCGACAGGGAGAGGGACCCCUGCAGGGACAGCGACAGCGACAGGGACCCUUGCAGGGACAGGGACCCCUGCAGGGACAGGGAGAGGGACCCCCGCGGCGAUAGGGACAGGGACCCCUGCAGGGACAGCGACAGCGACAGGGACCCUUGCAGGGACAGGGAGAGGGACCCCUGCAGGGACAACGACAAGGACCCCGGUAGGGACAGCGAUAGGGACAGGGACCCCUGCAGGGACAGCGACAAGGACCCCGGCAGGGACAGCGACAGGGAGAGGGACAUGGAUAGGGACCCCUCUGGGGACAGGGAGAGGGACCCCCGCGGAGACAGGGACAGCAACAGGGACAGGGACCCUGGUGGGGACAGGUACAGGGAGAGGGACAUGGAUAGAGACCCCUGUGGGGACAGGAAAAGGGACCCCCGUGGAGACAGGGACCCUCGCGGGGACAGGGACCUGCUCAGGGAUAGGGACAUGGAUGGGGACCCCCGCGGGCACGGGGACUCGCUCAGGGAUAGGGAUGGGGAUAGGGACCCCCGUGGGCAUGGGGACCUGCUCAGCGAUAGGGACAGGGAUGGAGAGUCCCGUAGGGAGGGGGACUCACUCAGGGACAGGGAGCUCUGUGGGGACGGGGACCUUCUCAGGGACAGGGAUAGGGAGCCCUGUGGGGAUGGGGACUCGCCUGGGGACAGGGAUGGGGACAGGGAUAGGGAGCCCUGUGGGGAUGGGGACCCGCUCGUGGACAGGGACCUGCUCAGUGAGAGGCACCCCCGCAGGGAUGGGGCCGUGCUUGGGGACAGGGACCCCCUCGAGCCCAGGGACCUGCUCAGGGCUGGGGACCCCCUCGGGGACAGGGAGCUCCCGGCGGGUGACCAGCGGUAGCCGCAGGAGCGGGGUCGUGCCGGUGCCGCGCCCACCCCGGGGCACCCGCGGAGCUCCUGGAGAGUUCUGGAGACCGGGGACUUCUCCGUGUCCCUUUAGACCUUGGGAACAUCCCUCCAGGAUGUGUCUCCGUGUUCCCUCUGGAUCUUAAAGCGUCCGGGAUGUUUCCCCAUGUCCCCCUGGACCUUGGAAAAUCCCUCGGGGACGUUUCUCCAUGUGCCUUUCACACCUGGGAAAGUCUCUCUAGGACACCUCUCCGUGUCCCGUUGGACCUUGAAGUGUCCUCCAGCGCUUCCCAGUUCUCCCAGAGCCUGGGAAAUCCCUCUGGGAGGGUUCUCCGUGUUACCUUUGCACCUGAGAAAAUCCCCCGGGGAUGCUUCUCCCUGUCCCCUGGGGCCUCGAAGUAUCUCCGGACCUUGGAAAAUCCUUCUGGGGUGAUUCUCCGUGUUCUCUUCAGGUACUGAAGUACCUUUGGAUCCUGGAAUGUCCCUCAGGGGCACUUCCCAGUCCUGCCAGUCCCACCAGUGCCCUGCCCCAUGUUCAUAUCUAAGGCCAGAAGCGUCUUUAACUCUAUUUAUUUUAUUUUUCUAUGUCAUUGAUUAUUCUUUCUGUUUUAUUUUAUUCUAUUUAAGUCAUUCCAGUUGUUAUCUUCUGCUUAGUCCACUUCUCCUACUCCUAUUCCGUUUAAUUCUAUUUAUUUUUAUUCCCUUUAUUCCCUUUAAUUAGGAGGAAGGGCAGGGAGGGAGGAAGAGGAAGGGAGGGAGGGAGAGAGGGAGGAAGGAGAGUCCUCUGGGCCCUGUGUCGUGGUUGAACCAUGACAGGGCUCUUGUGACAGCAGAGGCCACCACGUGUCCCCCCAGUGUCCCCCCUUCCCCAAAUAAACAAACGCAAAAAUGUGA